GGAAGGGAUCGUGGAUUCUCGCAAGAGUGACCCUCUCCGUUGUUUGAUGCGACACAAAAAGCCGACAACCUUUCUGCUCAAUGACAUUGCAUGGAUGCCUUGUCUAUUAUAGUCUACCAGCAAGCUAGUUAGUUCCUACAUCGAUCUGUGAUUCCUCCUCCUCCUCAUUAACAGGCCAGGUUGGCUGAUUGACUGAUUUCCCGUUGAUUGAAAAAGGAAUCAAUUCCCAACUACGGUACUGUCAUACAGCACAGAUUGAUCACUAUGUACAGCACAGUCGGCAGCCCUGUGUCCUCCCCGGAAGACCGAGGGCCGUUUUCGAAUUUGGAAGGAUGGGGCCUCUCAAAAAAUGGUCGAUUAGGUUCCGUUUUGUACAAUCCCAAAACAAGAGCCCUGUACCAAGAGCACUGUGCCUACCUGCCAGCAAUGGCCGGAUGGUUCCUCUUUUCCUCCCUUUUGUCCAGCUACAAUAAGCUCGUGUUUGGGAAGGAUCACAUGGAUUUCCCAUGCCCCUUGAUCCUGACCAGUAUGCACUUUUUGGCACAGUGGGUGUUCAGUGUCGCCAUGUGCAAACUAUUCCCCCUCACAUUUGGUUCCCAGCGAGUCGACGACAUGAGUUGGUCGGAAUUUCUAUGCAUCAGUGUCCCCUGUGGAUUUGUCACAUCCGGUGAUGUGGGAUUGAGCAAUCUAUCGCUGGUAUCCAUAUCCAUUACAUUCUACACAAUGAUCAAGGCAUCCACACCAAUAUUCGUCCUGACUUGGGGGUACUUUUUUGGGAUUAUUGAGAUUACCUGGCCGUUGAUUGGGGUGGUCCUUGUCAUUGUUCUGGGAGAGUUCUUGACGGUGGCUGGAGAAGUGGAUUUCGCAUUCAAAGGAUUCCUUCUCUGUCUCAUGGCAUCCGUUCUGAGUGGGGCCAGAUGGACCUUGGUACAACUCAAAAUCCAAAAAAUGGACCCGCCGUUAAAGACGUCGGUUGCCACCAUGAGAGUACUGGCUCCCUUUAUGUGUGUUACCAUGGUCGUGGUUUCCAUUUUGCUGGAAAACCCACGGGAGAAACUAAAAGAUUACAUGGAUUCCUGGAAAACAAUUUCCUUUGUUCUCGGACUGGGAAUGGGAGGAGCCUGUUUGGCCGUCUUGAUGAUCCUUUGCGAAUUCUAUUUGAUCAUGCACAGCAAUGCCGUGGUGUUGAUGAUUGGAGGUGUCAUUAAGGAAAUUCUCACCAUCUUUAUUGGUGUCGGAUUCUUCGGAGACACUAUCAAUUUCGUCAACUUUUUGGGCUGUUGUGUCGUCUUUGCAGGAGUCAUUCUGUACAAGGUGACUCAUCAUAUGGAGAAACCAGCGGACGGCGAACACAUCCCCAUACCGACAAUGGACAAGGAUUUCAGCGAAAAUGACAAUAAUGCACCGAACGGUAAGGAACGGCUACAGCCUGACUCUGGUGGACUGGAUAGUAGCGAUCGAUUCCUGGACGAGGAUUCCGAAAGAUGGAGGGAACGCGAGAAGGAUGGCAUUGAACUGCCUGCCUCCAAUUCACUUCGAAGUCGCAACAGCAGCGAUGGUACCAAUGCCAAUGCCAGUCCCAAGACCACCAAGAUGAUGAUCGUCUAGCUAGUGGUUGAGUUGUGUUUUGCUUUCCAGAACAUGCUCGCGCAGAGCCAACAAUCUGCUAAACGUUGAAACACAGUACCGUAUGAUGAAAUGAACGCGACAAUGAGAAUUCUUUCGGAAGUGCGUGUUGGUACUACCAACCAACGCGGUCUGUCUAUUGUUACGGUACGGUACGGUACUGACUGUACCAAACUGUACUCCUCAAUCAAUACGUGGGAACAAAUGUCAUUCGCUCCACAAUUUUCUCGACAACAUCGGAAGAACGCAUGGAUUGUGUGAAACAAUCUGCGAGAUCCCCCGUGUCGUCAUGAAAGUAAAUGACAAUGGAAUGAUCGACCAAAUAAUCCCCAUCCGGUGAUUCAUCGGCUUUGCUCACGUACACCCUGUAUUUUUUGGCCAUGGCCUGCACUUGGUCGGGUGCUCCCGUGAGAAAGAUGUAACUGGGAUGGAAAUCGUUUCCAUACUCCCGCAAUGCUUUGAGGGAGUCUCGUGCGGGAUCGACACUGACAAAGAGUGGUACAAUAUUUUGGUGUAGUUUUGGAUAUUUUUCUUUGAGUGUAUCCAUGACUUUUCCCACCUUGACCAUUUCCGAGGGACAGAUGUCGGGACAUCUAGCAAAUCCAAAGUAUAGCAAUAACCAUUUGCCUUUGAAUUGUUCGCUAGUGACUAGGUUCCCAUCUAGAUCAAUCAAUGUCCAUGGUCCACCAAUGGCGGGCUUUCCGGCUGUACCGUACAUUAGGUUUGGCAAAAGCAAAGGGAAAAAACAGAUGAGUAAGUAAGUAAGCAGGAAGGCACCAAGAGAAUUCAGUCAAUCAGAGCACUGGGGAUGCAGGUAGCUAGAAAUCAAGACAUGAGAACUCUGCAAAAACACUAUAAACAACCUGGAAUAAGCAAGAGAAAUGAAAUCAAACAAAACGUGAG